UGCUUGGUGGAUCGGUUUACGUUUUACCGAAUAUGAUGAACUUGGGGAGGGGUCAGUUAGGAUGGUGUAAAGGCUGGGGGGCAUUUGAGGUUGUUCUGGUGAUUUGUUGAAAUCCCUUUGAAAUAAUUUGAUCAAAACAAACAAAGGAAGAGAAGCACAGGUCGGUGAAUGUAAAUAAAUUAAUAAAGUUGUUAAAAAUGUAUUAUUGUAAAUGUAAGAACUUUGUUGCGUCUGUGUAAUUAGCUUACUCUUAUAGGUUGAGAAGGAGGAAGUGAGGAGACUUUAUUGGGAGACGAAAAAGGGUGGGGGUGGGGCGUAAAGAGAGAGGUAGGACAGCAGAAAUGUUCAAUGAGGCUAUGAGCUGACUCACGCGCUGAAGAGGAGGUAACUGAAUGGCUGGCUGGUAAUUAACGUCCCAAAGUAGAUGACUAUCCUUUUCCCUCCACUGCAAAGGCAUCAACUUACGUCUGAAUGCCUUGCUCGAAUGAUAAUUACAAAUUAAAAGAAAACUACUAUGAAGAUAUUUUCUGUCAAUUGUUUGUGUUUACUUUUCACCAACCACGUGCAUUUUAAUCUUUAGUCAUAUGCAACAGGUAUUUUUUUGGUUUUUGACUUGAAUGGACUGUUCCUGAUUUAAUGUCCGAAAGAAGAAGUAUGGUGUCAACGUUUUGCCUCUUGUUGCUGAACAGGAGAUCAACUCAUGGGAUGUAGCGGAUGCAGAGUCAGGUUCAACUUGGGCAAAGCAGUGCUGCCCAAAGUGUCCGUGUUCUUUACCAUGCUCCUCGUCUUCACAUACUUAUUUUACUGCCUUGCCGGUGUUUGUGAUUCAGUGCCAAGAACUUUAUACAGCCAUCAAUCGCCAGACGGGGAUUAUGACGAUAAAACCCGCGGACUUGACAACCCGCGAUCCCAAGCGCUUCUUCGGUCGCACCUUGCGGAAGAGCUGGUGUCCCGGUGGAACGGCACGGACUCUGCGGAGAGUGCGCUCGGCGACGCGGAACAGCGCGGGGCAGUAGAAGCACCUGGCCAACAACUACCCAGUCCAAGACAGAUUUAUGACGGGACCACAGAGGACGGGGGUAACGGCAUCCCCGUGUCGAAUACAUUCGGGACCAAGAAAAUCCCCCAAGCGAUCAUAAUCGGCGUCAAGAAAGGUGGAACGCGCGCGCUGCUUGAGUUUCUCCGCAUCCACCCGGACGUGAGAGCGGUGGGGGCAGAGCCGCACUUCUUCGACCGCUUUUAUGAUAAGGGUCUUGAGUGGUACAGGAGCUUGAUGCCCCGGACUCUGGAUGGCCAGAUCACCAUGGAGAAGACCCCCAGCUACUUCGUGACCAAGGAGGCGCCGGCCCGCGUCCGCAACAUGAACAGUGACACCAAGCUCAUCGUGGUGGUCCGGGACCCUGUGACCCGCGCCAUCUCCGACUACACCCAGACCCUGUCCAAGAACCCGGGCCUUCCCAGCUUCCAGAGCCUAGCCCUGAGGAACGCCACCACGGGCCUGAUCGACACCACCUGGAGCGCCGUGCGCAUCGGCCUCUACGCCAGGCACCUUGAGAACUGGCUGCAGCACUUCCCCUUGUCCCGCCUCCUAUUCGUCAGUGGCGAGCGUCUGGUGUCCGACCCGGCGGGGGAGAUGGGACGCGUACAGGACUUCCUGGGGCUGAAGAGGGUUGUGUCGGACAAGCACUUCUACUUCAACCAGACCAAGGGCUUCCCGUGCCUGAAGAAGCCAGAGGGGAGCAGCAGACCGCGGUGCCUGGGGAAGUCCAAGGGCAGGCCCCAUCCCCAGAUCCCCUCAGAGGUCUUGCAGAGACUCAGGGACUUCUACCGGCCCUUCAACCACAGGUUCUACCAGAUGAGUGGACAGGACUUUGGCUGGGAGUAAGGGGAGCUUUGAGGACAUAAUCCCGCAUCCUUAGUGUGUCUGUAUGGCGGGGGCGGGUUCACUGUUCCCCCCGACCGGGGGGCUUUAACCCUUUGAAUUGGACUCAUAUUUACAGAGUCUUGCCUGGCUGUAUUAAGUCCAUAAACACAGUACAUAGCGUGCGACUCAGUACUGAAGAUACUUAAACUUGAUGUCCAGCAGAGUGAAUAUAUGCACACAAGUUACCUUGGAUGCAUCCAGGUACUCUGGGAUGGACAGUAACAGUGACUCAAGUAAAUUGUCUUUAUUUAUAUUUAACAGAUGCUUGCUGUCAAAAAGAGACAAAAGUGAGAUGGACAAGAAUCAAAAAGUACAAACGAAAUAGGAGAAACUAUGAAAUAAAGGGAGCUGUGAAAGGAUAUCAUGUAUGGUUGAUAGCUGAUAGCAAUUUAUUAUUUUUUUGUUAAGGAUAUAAGCUAAUAUUUAUGAGUUAUGUUGAUUUACACUACAACAGAUGAGCUGAGAGUUCUUUAUAGAGGUGAAGUAUUUAUUACAUAAAAACGAUAAAUCCAUGAA